AAAUGCCAGCGUAAACAAAAGUUUGUUGCGGUAUUCGCUGAUAAACAAGGUGACUGAACUAACUUUAUCACAAGCUUAAAUCAUCCUUGAUUACCAUUCCAUCGAUGACACAAGUUCUUAUGACUUUUCCAUCACAACUAUAAUCAGCGCGCUGCUGGAACACCAGUCUCCAAUUUUAAUUUCCUCCAUACCACCAUGGCAUUCCAGCGCCUGCUCGUCUGCGCGUUUCUCGCCUGUCUUUUGGCCAUCACCGCGUAUUCUCGCGAUCGUCUGGCGGCCUCGCGACGCACCGAUCCACCCCCGUACAAAGAACUGUACUUCGAUCAGGUGCUGGACCAUUUUAACUACAACGCCUUCGACGUGCAGACCUUCAAGCAGCGCUACCUGAUCUGCUCCAAAUUCUGGAAUCCCAAUACGGGACCGAUUUUCUUCUACACGGGCAAUGAGGGUCCCAUCACGUCCUUCUACGCCAACACCGGGUUCAUGUUCGAUAUUGCGCCGCAGUUUGAGGCGCUCAUCGUGUUCGCCGAGCAUCGGUUCUACGGGAAGUCGCUGCCUGCGGGGCCGUCCAAGAGUUUCCAGAAUCCCUACAUCGGGCUGUUGACGGUGGAACAAGCGUUGGCCGAUUACGCCGUCCUCAUGGAUGCUGUCACCGCACAGCUGAACGCGACAAAUACUCCCAUCAUUGCCUUCGGCGGAAGUUACGGCGGCAUUCUGAGCUCGUACAUGCGCCAGAAAUAUCCCAAUAUCAUCGACGGAGCGCUGGCGGCCAGUGCGCCGGUAUUUGGGAUUGCCGAUAUCGGCGACAAUCGGACGUUCUUCGAGGAUGUCACCAAAUAUUUUUCCGCUGUUCCCGGGUGUGGCGAUCGUGUGCGCGAAGCCUUCACCGCCAUGGACACCCUCUCUGGACAGGGCCCCGACGGCUACCGUAACCUUAGCAUCACCUUCAACCUGUGCGAUCCGCUGAACCCGAACGGUGGCUACAAGCAGUUGGUGGGAUGGGUGCGGAAUGCCUUCGCUUCCAUGGCCAUGGUCAACUAUCCCUACCCGGCACAGUUCCUGGCGCCGCUGCCCGCUUGGCCGGUCAAUGCUUCCUGUCAGUACAUCACCGGGAAUCCCAAGGGAGCGCUCGCCGGGCUGGCGCAGGCGGCCAAUUUGUUUUAUUCCACCAGUGAAAAAUGCCACGAUAUCUGGGCGGAAUUUGACGACUGCGCCGAUCCCACCGGCUGCGGCACCGGCACGGACGCCACUGCCUGGGACUACCAGGCCUGCACCCAGAUGACCUUAUCCGGUGGCACCUACGGCGGCCAGGAAGACUUCUUCCCCUAUCUACCCUGGACGAAGGAUCUCCGUGCCGCCUACUGCCAGAAACACUACGCUGUCGUGCCGCGCGAUUCCGCUCUGCGCAUUGAAUACGGCGCGCAACGCCUGUCCGCCGCCUCCAACAUCAUCUUUUCCAACGGCCUGCUGGAUCCUUGGCACCGCGGCGGCGUGCUGCAGAAUGUGUCGGAGACAGUGGUGGCCGUGCUGGUGGCGGAGGGAGCGCAUCAUCUGGAUCUGCGGGCGGCGGAUAGUCGGGAUCCACCCAGUGUCAUUGCGGCGCGGCAGCAGGAGGUGGAGCUGAUUAAGCGGUUUGUCAAGGAUGGUGGAAGCGGCGCAAUGCGGUGUAGGAUUGUGAUUUUUUAUUGUGAUCAAACCGGUGUCUCCUUGGUUCAGACUACCCUUUUAUUUUUCUAUCAGAUGAAAUUUUGUAUUUCCUGUUUUUUUGUUUAUUUUUAAUACUUGGACUUGAUGAUUAAAAGAGCGCUGCGA